AUGGAAGCCUUUGUCGCUGUCCACAUCGCCGCAAUCAUAUCGACCACAUGGAUGCUUAUGCUCAAUGGCCUUGUCGGUUAUCAGCUGCUCGAUGACGGUACAGCCAUGUCGCUGGGUCUUAUUGUCAUAUCCGCUGCCGUUCUCUUCAUUGGCACGGGAUACAUCGCACUUGACACGGGGUUCAGCUGGACCGGCUAUUUUGACGACACCCUCGAUAACAACCGCGCCUACGCCCUGUAUACGCUGUAUCAACUAGCGCCUCUUGUCUUUUUGUUCGUCUUCUUCUGCCUAGAGACGUUCCUUGUCGUCCGUGUACUCGGUGAGAAGAAACCGAUGGCCUACCUCGUUGCUGCAGUCAUUCUCUUCGCAAUCGGACAGGUCUUCCAGUACGUGAUCAGCGUACACAUCUGCACCGGCACGGACGGAAAAAUCAACGGAGGUCUAUUCGAGACCUUGUUCACGCUUCUUGCCGUAGUAAUGAUCUGGGUCUUCUGGUCGAGCAUCACCGAAGACGACUGGCCAACCUCUGGCGUGGGAGGUUCAGGUUACUCGUGA